AUGUGGGCGCCGGGCGGCCCGCAGGGGCCCACGGGCUGGGACCGCCGCCGGGUGGGCGCCAGGCUGCGCGCGGCGCUGGCGGGGCUGCACGAGCUGCAGGGGCUGCGCGCCCGGCAGCAGGCGCGCGUGCGGGGCGCCCUGGCCAUGCAGCCCCCGCCCGGGCCCGCCGCGCCCCGCGGCCCCCGCGCCCAGGAGCUGCGGCUGGAGGCGGCGCUGGCGGCGCUGCAGGAGCAGCUGAACCAUCUGAGACACCAGGACGUCGGCCUGAAAACCCACCUGGACCAGCUGGACCAGCAGAUCAGUGAGCUGCAGCUGGACGUGCGCAGAACCUCCAGCGAGGUCCCGGACACCGACAGCCGGCCCAGCUCCGGCUUCUACGAGCUGAGCGACGGCGGCUCCUGCUCGCUGGGCACCUCCUGUGCGUCCGUGUGCAGUGACCUUGCAUCCUGCUCCCUGGGCACCUCCUGCACGUCUGUGUGCAGUGACCUCACUUCCUGCUCCCUGGGCACCUUGCUGCCCGCCACCCCCAAGGCCAGGCCUGAUGCAGGGGACUGCCGGCCCCGGUCGGCCGACGAGACCACCGUGUGUGGGGUCCCCCUGCCUGCAUGGGGGCCCCAGGCCAGCGAGGAGGACACAGGCCAGCUGCAGCACGAGUCCCGGCCCAGGCCGGUGUCCACAGGUGACCUUGAAAGAGUUCUGAUGGCGGAGGUGGGGCUCCAGAAAGCCAGCGCCCACCCCAAGGCCGCUCCCCUCCUCUGCCACGGCAUGGACCCCAAGUUCCAGUGCGACCUGGUGUCCAAGGGGGGCAGGGAGGUAUACCCGUUCCCCAGCCCCCUGCACGCCGUGGCUCUGCAGAGCCCCCUCUUUGCUGUCAACAAGGAGACGUCACAGAGCGAUGGCCUCUCACCCCCCAGGCAGCCCCUUCCCGGCCCCGCAGGUCCGAGCUCCAUCCGGACUGGACUGGUCCUUGAGGCUGGCCCUGCCGGAGCCUAUAUAGACCGUCUGCUGCGACUGCGGGCCCGAAGGCCGCCCCCCCAGGAGGCACCCCCAUCCCCGCAGGAGCUCAGUGGCCAGAGAGCAGACAGGGAAGCUGGCCUGGAGAAGCUGGUCUCCCCCCCAGGGAGGGCAGAGGGGAGGGGGGCGGCCCAGGGCGGGGUCGCUGGCAGGGACAGCCUCGAGCAGCCGGGCCCUGUGCCCCCCGUGGGUCCUCUGCUCCCCAGUGGCCUUGUGGAGGAGGGACCUAAGCCCUGGAGCAGCUGCCUCCACGGGGAGGCUGGUCCAGGCUGCCCCCGGCUGGGGUGUGGCCGGGCCCCCUCUGCCCGCUCCUGGGCUCAGCUGCCGGCUCUGGAUGGCCGGAUGGGCAAAGGCAGCCUAUCGUGUGAGCGGGUGGACGGGCAGAGCCCCCCUCCGGCCCCUGGACGUUGUGUCCCCCACCACAUCGUCGCCCACAGAGCAGCUCCCACAGGGCAGACAGGGGGCCCCCUCCAGACAAAGCCUGUGAGGGUCAGGAGGGAGCCCAGUGACAAGGCGCUGAGGUCUGGGAGGCCGCAACUGCAGUGGGGCGCCUUCGCAGCCCCCCGGCCGCCCUCAGAGUCUGGGGGCUGUGUCUGGAGUCCCCCCCGGGCCAGGGAGGUGCCCGGCCGGUCCUGCUCCGAGUCCAGCCUCUACCCCGUGUCCUUCUUUGUCCCCCUGCUGGUGGCCCGACGGGACGGUCACCAGGCGUCGGCCCAGGCCUUGUUCCCCCUGGACACGGCUCCCCUGGCGGCCAGCGGGGCGGCCGGGAGGAAGCCGCGCAAGUGGCCGUCCUCCGUGGAGAUCUCAGCCCGGGCCCACCCAGACCCCAGCCCGGGGCCCCGCAGGCCAGUGGCCAGGAGAGGGGGCGGCCCGCGGCCCGUGUGCGCCAGGGCCCGGCCCAAGCUGCCCCGCCAGGACGCCCGCGCCAGGAGCGAGUCAGACGGCUCCGAGUGCUCGGCUGAGUGCGCGUCCCUCUUCCCCUCCACCGUCGCGGAGAGCAGCGAGGACGAGGCCAGCGACCACACGGCCAACCGUUUCGGGGACGCGGAGUCCAGCGGCAGCGACGUGGAGGGUGGCGCGCAGAGCAGCCGGGCAGCACCCCCGCGGGCCCCGGCCAGCUCCAGACCCCCGCUGCCCCCGGUGCCCAGGCUGUGCCGCGUCAAGGCCUCCAGGGCCCUGAAGAAGAAGAUCCGCAGGUUCCAGCCGGCCACGCUCAAGGUCAUGACCAUGGUGUGAGGUGCGGCAGCCCCUGAGCCGUCCAGGCCCGGGAGAAGGAGCGACGGACAGUGGCGCACGGCGGGCACAGAGGGGCCUUUCAUGCCUGGGGAGGGUCCAGCCUUACGGGGUUUGGUGUGCAGGUCCGUGUCAUCUGGCCACUUGGCUUUACCUCCGAAGCCCACCCUCUGACUGGAAGGGGUUGGUGGGCAGGUCCCUGGGCACCGCCCACGGUCAGGCUGUGACCGCCACGCGGCCCCACCCCCGCCCCGGUGGAGACGGUCUGUCUGCAGAGCUGAGACCCGAUGGGACCAGCCUCCCGGACACCUCUUCCUCCUCCUCCAGCCUCUUCCCAGGUCACACGCCCUGCAGCCCAGCUCCCCAGGCCUGCGCCUGGAGCCGGUGGUCACUUUCCUCCGUCCUGUGUCUGUCCCCCUCGGCUGGGCAGUCGGCGUGCCCCCAGCCUGUUGACUAUUCCUCCCCAAAGGCGUUCUCCUGAAGAGGUGGCUGCAGGACUGUGCUAACGGGAUCUGAGGGCCUUCACAUACCCUCGACGUGAAUAAGCGCCCGUCGCGCCGUCUCUUUGCAGAUCCGUCUUUGCCCGCAGCCUCCCCGCCCUCCGGGCUGUGGCGGCCCAUCAGGAAGCCCGGAGUCUCCCUCGCCUUGCGGACGCCCUCUCCCCCCAGGCGGCGAGGCCCACGUCACCCGAGGAGACUCUGAGCUCUUUCUGACACGUGUAAAUUGAGCAUAAAAGUGUUUUUGAAGAAA